AUGGGUCGAAGGAGAGGCGCCGAUGUGCUCACGGAGACUGUCAAAUCCCUGGCUACAGCCGUGCUAGACCAGGCGGCGGUGGUGCGAGCGCUCAAGGAUGUGAUAGAGGCCAUGAAGGUUCAGACUAGCGUACUAACUCAAGGAGCUGAGGAUUUCACCAGACGUACCGGGGUGAAGACUAAACUCUGCGCUGGUAUUAGACCUACUGACGAAGAUACUAACACCAGAGCGACAAAUCCACCGGGAAAAACUUUGGCACCUAACUCUGAACACACGGAAGAGACCAUGGCAGUUGCCCAGACACAAAUUGACACGCUGAUCAAGCGGUUGCAGCAGCCUCAACAGCAGCAGCCUCAACAGCAGCAGCCCCAACAGCAACCUCAGUCAUAUCAAGAGUCGCACACGCAGCUACAACCCCUACAGAGUUUAAUGUACUUGGUCCCGUUGCUCCAACAGCUCAACCAACCGCAAGCCCAAAACAUGUGGAAUCGUCAGCAGCAGCAGCAGCAGCAGCAGCAGCAGAUCGCAAUGGAGACAUUCCCCCGCCAGAAUCCCACAGAGAACCCGUUUCAGUACGGGACUCUGACCGACGAACAGAGAAGGAUGAUAGCCAUGGAGUAUAACAGGGAGGAAUCUGAGCGACAGGCAGCGUCGCAGAAAGAGCACGAGAGGAUGCUCGAUUCAAUCAAGGCCAGCAUAAGGGACGUGAUACUAGAACAACAGCGCAGCUCCACGUCGACAGAGUCCUUGUUGACAGAGUCCUCGUCUAAUCUAUCCAAUAUGGACACGUUGCAGAGUUUGGCCAAGGGCACCCCAUAUAGGCGUGUGCGCGCCAAGGACGAGCGGGAGCCCGUGGGCAUCUCGCAAUUGAUGAGCGAACUACGCGAGCUCACGAAGCAGAUCUCAAAGCGCGGAACCAGCCACCCGGACGAGGAGGAUAGUGGCGAAGUGGUCACGAUGGACACUGAAGACAGUCCGGGGCCCACACCGUCAACUUCCAACAACCAGCAGCCCACCGAGCAGCAGUCCAACACAGCCGUGAUGAACAAACAACAGGCCGGAUACUUGGUACCCUCGGGUACAGGCAGCUCUCAUACAACUUCUACAGCUGUGGAAGAGUUCAUCUCAGCGGUUGUCACAAAGGUGGUGUGA